AGACAAACUUUUUUUGGGGGAAUCUUAGUUACUUUGCCUUUAACAUUGCUUGCCUUUUACUAAAUUAAUGGAGUAUGUUUUUUUCUUUUAUGGCAUCGUAGACAAUGAUUUGACUGAAGAUGACAAGGAAGAACCUUUGGUCUAGGACAUUAAGUCAAUCAGGGCCCGUCUAGAGCAGAUAUUUGGCAAACACAUUCACACCCGAGCAUGAGUCAGCACACCUCCCGCAACAGCGCAACAGCGGAUCUGACGGGUGCAUUUCUCCAACCCAGGCAAUCGAGGAACACCAGACUAACGCUCCAGACAGCAGUUAAGAGGACAACAAACCAAACCGCACAGGGCACGCAGACGGAAAAGCGGAAAAAGAAGACGUACCACAGGCUGCGCUCAACAGUACUCCAAAGUCGCGAAACCUUACUGCCCAUCGAUAAAUUGAGGCCCGAGGACCUCACCGCCCGCUGCAGUGCCUCGCACGAGGGACGCAAGGUGCUCCAGGAGCGACUGCCGAUGCUGGUCGAUAGCCUGUUCAACAUGAUCUUCUCGCCCUCACCCUUCAUGGAGGGUUUCCACGAGCGCCGCAAGAACACCGAUCUCUCCAUGGGAUGCUGGACGUGCGAUGCCAAUGGCCAGAAUGUGCGGAUCGUCACGGUGAACGUGGCGCUGCAAGCGAAUAUCGGACCCAAAAAGGCCAAAGUCAUUGAAACGCAGGAGAUGCGCGACUGCAGCCAGCCCGGGCAGCUAUACUCGAUCGAUGUUGAGAUCGUCAACGAGGAUAUACCCUAUGCCGAUACGUUUAUCGUCCAGGUCCACUAUUGCCUAAAGGCCACCGUCGAACAGCACACGGACGUCCAAGUCUUUGGACAGGUGAAGUUUCUCAAACCGGUGUGGGCGGUGGUCAAGACAUUUAUCGAAAAGAACGCGUACGCGGGUCUCGAGGAGUUCUGUCAGUCCCUUUACUGCGCCCUGCUUAACGAGAUCAAGAAGAUGUAGGGGUCCCUUCUUAUAUCCAUUGAAAGUCUGGAGACUGGAAGUCUGCUUUUUUUUAAUGCUUAGAUAAAGUCACCUUCAUCCAUAUGCA